AUGGGGGCUGCAAGCGCGUCUUCGCGACCGCGGCCGGCGUCCUCCCAUGAGAUGCCUGAUGAUCACAACGUCCCUAUGGACGACCCCAUCAUCAAGGAGCCUGCAUCGGCUCCUCCCCAACCCUCCGCUGUCACCCUCGGCAAGCGUCCCGCUGUGGACAAACCCACCUCUGCGCCUCGCGCAAACGCUGCUGGACUGCCUCUCACUCUCGCCCGGACAACUGCCGCAGCAACAUCUGGCUCCUCUGGAGCUCGUACUUGUUCUGUGUCGACUCAGCUUGAUGCUACCAGUCUUUCUGCCAUCGCUGCGUUGCACCGGCGAUUCCCCCCUAUGGGAGUCUGGGAAGUUGUGGCUGCACAGCAUGCAGCUACUCGUGUAGCUCAGAUGGGUCAUCCCAUCCCACGAGCCAAUCCAACAAAUCCCUGGCAGGGAAUCAUCACAGCCAAGCAAUUGACCACAAUCCAUAACACAGAUCUUCCCCGCUGGCAGGUCUUAAUGGAGACUGCUGAUGCCCACUGGGCUCACACUCCACGGACAGGUAACCUCUGGUCCCGCUUUGUGAAGAUGGUGGAGCAGGAGGGCAAAGAGGUGAAUCCUCACCUCAACAAAGGGCCUGGUAUUAGGCGCUCUAUGGACGGGAGAUACUACAUCCCCGACCUUAACGUGUGGACUUGGCUCCAUGAUAACUGUCCGCAUGCACAUGUUAAAGGCUGGCAAAAAGGCGAUGCUGCUGCCUUUUAUGAGAUUGCGAUGAAUCUCUUUCGAACUAAGUUCAAAUUCAACAAGUUCGUCAACAAGCAUCAGCUUGGUCACGCCGGCGUUCCUCAUUGGUCUAUGACCACUCGCUUCCACAAAGCUGUCUCCCUCAAUGUGGAUGGUGUACGCGUUUGGAGCCCCAUCGGGGUUGCCAAAGAGUUCAUCGCCAGUGGUCUCGAUGAAUCAAAAAUCGACGUCCUGGUCGGUUACUUUGGUCGUAGGCGACGGAAGGCAGAACUCGGUCGCGCGUACCGCGACAACAUUCUUGACAAGAAUGGCAUGUGCGCGCUCGGUCUUGUAGACUGA